AUGCGCCGUCCCUCGCGGGCUUCCGGGGUUUUCCCCUACAUUUUGCUCGUCUGCCUACUGCAUUCGGGCUCCUCUUCCCUUUUUGCUGCCUUUGCUGGUGAAGCGCCCCCUGUUCUUGCUCCAUUUGCGCAAGACGAAGAGCCGCCAACCGCACCUGAAGCACAGAUAAAAACUGGCGUCGACUCUGAGCAGGAACCUCUUCAGCUAGCCGACAACAUCGUCAGUCUCCGCGAGGAACUGGAGGAGCGGCAGGAGGACGAAGCCGACAAGCCGUCCAGUCGAACGCUAGAAGAAUCUGGCAGCAACGGCCUCGGUCACCUGCCCGAACACCUUUCGUCACAGGAGGGUUCGGUUGAGCAUCCAGUGGGAAAUGAAGAAGUUCUCGCUGGCAGAAAGGACGCAGAGGAUGUGUCGACGUCGCGGACCGCUACAGAACUGUCCUUCUUUAUGGAGAGGGACAGCGACGAUCUAUACACCUCUUUUGACAGCGUCCCUGGCGGGCCCUACUUGGCAGCAGGCACGGAGUUGACUCGUAGCCUUCCUGCACUAGACGGCCAGUUGGAGUCACCGGCUGGUCCUAUGGAAGCAGGACAGUAUGGAACACACAGCACUCCACCCGUUCCCGACUCCACAGCAGAAGAGCAGAAGCAGCGGGACAAUCUUGGAACAAAGGAACACCCGUAUGAAGCUACGUGGCCACCUCGCCAACAUCCCAAAGGAAACACGUGGGGACAAACGGCGGUAGAUGCCCUGGAACAGGGAGAACCGGCUGGCGCCGCACGCCUUGCUGUUCAAGGAUCAAAUUCAGAUGCCCACUCACUGGGCAUCCAAGAAGGGACAGGCAAUGCGGCCGCUCUCGAAAACGAAGCAGGCCCCGAUGGCCAGGCGAUUGUUGACGAAGCCGGUGAUGCUAACCAGGCGAGCCCCGCUGCACGUCGUCGUAGUAGAAAGGCGGGAGCGCGAGCGAGGAAGAGAUCAGGCGCGGCCCUCGAUAUGCUUAUUCCUCUAGUUACCGCUGUCCUUUGUAUCCUCCUUUACAAAGCUAUCGCGCCUACUGCGAAGCGCAUCGGAAGAGAGCGGCGACGCGCUCAAGCUGAAAAAGGUGUCUCUUCGGGCGUCUAA